AUGGCAUCCCUCCGGCCCCCUUUCACACUAGAAACGGCGCGAGAGAAAGUCAAGUUCGCCCAGAACAUGUGGAACACGCAAAACCCGGAACAGGUGUCCAAGGGAUACACGGCCGACUGUGUGUGGCGCAACCGCGACUCGUUCUUCCGCGGCACAGAGAAGAUCAUUGCGUUCCUCACCAAGAAGUGGGAAAAGGAGAAGAACUAUCGGCUGCGCAAGGAAUUGUUCGCUUUCACCGACGACAAGAUCGCCGUGCAGUUCUGGUAUGAGUACCAGGACAGCCACGACGGGAUGAAGUGGAAGAGAUGCUACGGGCUGGAAGAUUGGACGUUCGAUCGGGAGUCUGGCAAGAUGCGGAAGAGACAGAUGAGCGCCAACGAUAUCGUGCUCGGGAGGAAUGGUGACGGUGUCGCGGUACCGGAAGAGGCAAUCGAGGGACGAUGGUAUCUCAAUGGAGUGGACGUUGAUGAUCAAAGUGUCACGGAGAAACUCACCGAGGCUCAUUACUGA